CUCUUCACACAGCGACAGGAGCACAGCUGAAGUUAUGCUCGGCUCAGGACAGAUCGAACACUAAACGCAUUCGGCUAAUGCUGGGACCCCAAACCAUGGACCCUCUGACAGAGUUCCCUUUUAUGGAGGAUGAGGGGCUCACCAUGAAGAGGACAGGGGUCUCCCUCUCUGUCUCCCUCUCUAGGCCCUCUCCAAGACCCUGAUGCUGAUGUGUAUGCCAAGUUCUUCAUGAGUCACUGCUGCUACGAUGCCAUUCCAACCAGCUCCAAACUUGUGGUCUUUGACACAACCCUGCAGGUGAAGAAGGCAUUCUUCGCUCUUGUUGCAAACGGGGUGAGAGCGGCACCUUUGUGGGACGACAAGCUGCAGUGUUUUGUAGGGAUGCUCACCAUUACGGACUUUAUCAACAUUCUCCAUCGUUACUACAAAUCUCCUUUGGUUCAAAUCUAUGAACUGGAGGAACACAAGAUUGAAACGUGGAGAGAGACCUAUCUACAGUAUUCAGUCACCUCCCUGAUUAGCAUCGCUCCUGACUCCAGCCUCUUCGAAGCCAUAUAUUCUUUGCUGAAGAACAAGAUUCAUCGGCUACCUGUCAUUGAUCCAGAAACGGGGAACGUCCUCCACAUACUCACACAUAAACGCAUCCUCAAGUUCUUACACAUCUUUGGCUCGAUGAUCCCAAAGCCACGAUUCUUACAGAAGCGGAUUGAGGAAGUGGAAAUCGGGACUUUCAAGAGCAUCGCGACUGUCAAGGAGACAGAAACCGUUUAUGAUGCUUUAACAAUAUUUGUAGAGCGACGAGUCUCAGCUCUACCUGUGGUCAAUGAGCAAGGCAAAGUAGUGGCACUUUACUCCAGAUUUGAUGUCAUUAACUUGGCUGCGCAGAAAACCUACAACCACUUGAACAUGACGAUGGCGGAGGCCAUUCAGGGGCGUUGGUGCUGCAUUGAGGGGGUGCUGAAGUGUUACCCUCACGAAACCCUCGAAACUGUCAUUGAUCGCAUUGCAGAGGCAGAGGUUCACCGUCUAGUGCUGGUGGACACAGAAGAUGUGGUGAGGGGAAUUGUUUCGCUCUCGGAUUUGCUUCAGGCACUGGUCUUGACUCCUGCAGGCGUUGAAGCACUUUUCUCUUGACACCAGUGGAGGGCUCUGUUUCCCUCAUGACACUCAUUUCACAUCCUCUCACAGCAGAAUUUUGUCACAAACCAAAAUGAGCCAUGAAGUCGAAUGCUCGAAGACAGAAAGUGUAAAUAUGUGUAAUGUUGGUGGCACUUUGGGAUUUUACUCAUCACUUUAAACAUGUCUAAUCUCAUUUAGAAAUUUUACUUCUGUAUAUAUGUAUAAUUUAUUAAACAACUGCCACAAAAUC